CAGUCACUGACGUCGCACAUGUCAUGAACAUAAACAUAACCUUAUAAAGUUCAUGAUGUCUCGAUUGAUUGUAAAAAAUUUACCAAAAACUGUUACUGAAGACAGUCUUCGGAAACUGUUCGGCGAAAAGGGGACAGUUACUGAUGUACAGCUCAAGUUUACACCAGAUGGAAAAUUCAGAAAGUUCGCAUUUGUGGGCUAUCAAACUGAUGCUGAAGCAGAUGAGGCGAUCAAAACUUUGAAUAAGUCAUUUAUCAACACAAGUAGAAUAACGGUUGAAGCAUGUAGUACAUUAGGAGAUGAAAAUAAACCUAAAGCUUGGAGUAAAUAUGCUCCAGAUAAUGUUAGUACUAAAACAGUUGAUGAAACUGAUGGGAGAACAACAGACAAAGCAGCCAAAAAGAAAAAGAACAAAGAAAAAAAGGAAAAAGAUGAAACAGUAGAAUUAUUGGAAAAGUAUAAGGAUGAUCCCUUAUUUGAAGAAUUUUUACAAGUACAUGCACCGGAUGAAACUGAGAAACUUCACAAGAUCAGACAACAGAAAUCUGAAAAAGAAGAUUCAGGACAAGGCUCAGCAAGUGAUUUGGAAGAGGAUAAUGAUGAAGCUGUCAAGUUGGCAAAUGAAGAAAUAUCUGAUUUGGAAUACAUGAAUCAGCUGAUGAAAGGCAAAGGGGAAAGAAAACCACGCCAAAAAAUGGAAAAGAAAGUUAAAGAAAAAGUCAAAUUAUUCACCGUGAAGCUCCGUGAUCUGCCUUAUAACGUGAAAAAGAAAGAUAUAAAACAAUUCUUCAAGCCUCUUACUUGCUUCAGCAUUAGGAUACCAAGAAAUGUGCAUGGAUUUGCUUAUGUAGGAUUCAAAACAGAAAAAUUGUUUAAGAAAGCUUUGAUUAAGGACAGAAGCUUUAUAAAUGGAAAAAGAGUAUCAGUAGUAAAAUAUGAACAUAAUGAUAAUGUUGAUGAUUCAGCAAAAGACAACAAAGUGAAAAAUAAAUGGAAAAAUCAAGAGGAGAGUCUUCAGAAUGAAGAAGAUAUUGCAGAAUCAGGAAAGAUAUUUUUUAGGAAUCUAGCAUACACGACCACUGAAGAUGAUUUGGAAAAGUUGUUUUCGAAAUAUGGUCCUUUGGCGGAAAUCAGUGUACCAGUCGAUAAAACUACAAAGAAACUGAAAGGGUUUGGAACUGUAACUUUUCUUAUGCCAGAACAUGCUGUAAAAGCCUAUUCUGAAUUAGAUGGCUCGGUUUUGCAUGGUAGGAUGCUGCAUCUGUUGCCAGCAAAAAGUAAAGAUACAGCUGAAGACAACAUCGAAGAUUCUUCAAACUUCAAAACGAAAAAAGCGGCGAAGCAGAAAGCGCAAGCCGGUUCGACGCACAACUGGAACUCGUUGUUCCUGGGACACGACGCGGUGGCCGAGGUUGUAGCAGAUGCGUACGGUACCACAAAGGAGGCAGUGGUGGGGCCCGACGUACACGGCAGUGCCGCUGUCCGAUUGGCGCUUGGGGAGACGCAGAUCGUAACGGAGACUAGAAAGUAUCUGGAGGCGCAUGGGGUCGUUCUUGAUGCUUUCGCUAAUGCUGGCCCAAGAUCCAAAACUCUGAUACUCGUGAAAAAUUUGCCAUCCAAGACCGGUCAAAAGGAAAUCAGGGAAGUUUUUGAAAAACAUGGUUAUGUCGGUAGGGUAAUUUUACCACCAAGUGGUAUAACAGCUUUGGUAGAAUUUCUAGAACCUUCCGAGGCGAAAAAGGCGUUUACAAGAUUAGCUUACUCGAAAUUUAAAAAUGCUCCUCUAUACCUGGAAUGGGCACCUGAAAAUAGUUUAAUAGAAAAAGUACAACAGUCAGAAAAAGAAAAUGAUCAUGAUAAACGUAUUGUCCAGGAAGAGGUCGAAGCACAAAGUGGCGAUGCCGAGGAAGAUGAAGAAGAACCGGAACCUGACACAACGUUAUUUGUCAAGAAUUUGAAUUUCAAAACUACAGACGAAGAUCUACGCAAACAUUUUGAAGGUUGUGGAAAAAUACAUUAUGCAAAUCUGGCUACGAAGAAGGACAAAAGUGAUCCAAAGAACAAAUUAUCGAUGGGUUACGGUUUCGUCAGAUAUGUACAUAAACAAAGCGCAGACAAGGCUUUGAAGAAACUACAGCAGAGCGUUUUGGAUGGGAAGUCGUUAGAGCUGAAGCGGUCUGAAAGGACAUUGAAAGAUGAAGCGCACGUUGCGAAAAAAACAGUGAAGAAAAUGAAACAAACCGGUACCAAGAUUUUGGUGAGGAACGUUCCAUUCCAGGCUAGCCGCAAAGAAAUUCAAGAACUUUUCAGCACUUUUGGAGAGAUCAAAGCCCUGCGAUUACCCAAGAAGAUGGGCGCUGGAACUGAUUCUCAUCGUGGAUUUGCCUUUGUCGACUUUUCAACAAAUUCGGACGCAAAGGCUGCAUUUGAAAGUCUUUCACAAAGUACGCAUUUAUACGGACGGCGUUUAGUACUGGAAUGGGCUGCGAAUGAAGAAGGUGUGGAAGACAUUAGGAAAAGGACAGCUGACCAUUUCAAUCCAACAGAAGAAGUGAAAUCGAAAAAGAGUGUUUUUACUAUCGACUAACUUUAUUUGUACAUAAACGAAAUGUUACAAGUU